UAUGUUGGACGAGCUCAAUCCAAAGGCGUGGCUGCUUGCAGGUGGACGUUGCUGCUCUCCAUCUCUCAACUCUUCACAAACAGGACUUUUUUCUCCGUCAGGGGACUAAAAUACUGCAAACAUGCCUAAAUGCCCCAAGUGCGAGAAGGAAGUGUACUUUGCGGAGAGAGUUUCGUCACUUGGCAAAGACUGGCACAGACCCUGUCUGAAGUGUGAGAAAUGCAAUAAGACCCUCUCAGCAGGCUCACAUGCAGAGCAUGAAGGAAAACCCUAUUGUAACAACCCAUGCUACGCUGCACUCUUUGGACCCAAAGGGUUUGGACGUGGCGGUACUGAAAGCCACACAUUUAAAUAAACUGUUAUACAGGUUUACACUUUAAAAGGAUGUUUUUAGAGGCACGGAUGCCACUAUUUUAUCCACCUAUGGCUAAACCAAAAAUAAACAUGACCAAAUCAUUUUGAAACUACUAAUUUGUAUAAAAAUGCUGUCUGAUUUAGCGGCAUAGAGUGAUGUUUCAUUCUGUUUUUAAUUGAAGUGAACAUUGUAUACAAUAAAUGUCUGUUUUAAACUA